UUGUGCUAAAGUUCUUAAAUCUACCAAGGAUGAAGUUAUGCUACAAACUUUCAGUCAGUCUCAGUGUUACGGAGAGUACCAUUGUUUCCAUGCUCUUCUAUCUUCUAGUACUGGGACAAUUAAACUUCAUGUUGGAGCACCUUCCCCUAAUAUUGAACACUCUUGCGUGAUUCCAUCAUUUGAUCCCGAUGUUCCCUUCAUGAUGGCAACUAUAAUACCAGCAAACAAUUCAUCAAAGGAAGCAAGCGUGGAUUCAAAUUUUGGCAAGGAGGAUUCCAGCGAUACAACAGAGGAGUUUCCACAUCCUAGCUUGGUUUGGAGAGACAGGGGUUCUGCAGAUGUGUCAGGGAACCCUCUGUAUGUAGGAGACACCCUGGAUCAAAUAGAGAAGGAAACUAGAGCUCAGCUGUAUACAAUAUCAAAACAGUUUACACAACAUAUUUCAACCUUGAUGGGGGACUUCAUGAGACGGGUUCUUUCAUCUUGACAAUCCUUUAAUUAAUAAUCCUUAAUUUUAUAAAUACUGCAGAUACGGAAAAUAUAUAACUAUUUAACUCUUUUUA